AUGCGCGCCGCGUCUUUCGCCCCCGCGCGGGCGCCGUGCGCUCCGGCCGGAAGACUUCGGCCCUGCUCAACUACCUCCCGCCUGGUGGCGCGCGUUGCGUCCGCCAACGACGCGCCGACGUUCAACCCGAUCCGCAAGGACAUCCCCCUGGUGCCCCCCGGCACGGUGCCGGACCCCGUCGAGCUCCCCGAGGACCUGUCCAGCUCCGGUCUGCGCCUGCUGGGGGACCUGGGCAAGGCGAACGCCCUGCACCGCAAGGCGAACCCAUUCGAGAAGAAGAAGAACGAGAAGUGCGGGACCACCGUUUGGGAGGACGGCGAGAAGAUGGCGCAGGCGAUCCGCGAGGGCAAGACGAACUGGGAGGACCUGGACCUGGACGACGUGGACAUGCGUCUGAAGUGGUCGGGCCUCUUCCACCGCCGCAAGAGGGCGCCGGGCAAGUUCAUGAUGCGCGUCCGCCUCCCCAACGGCGAGGUGACCGCGACCCAGCUGCGCGUGAUGGGCGAGAGCAUCGAGGGCCUCGAGAACGGGUGCGGCGACAUCACCACCCGCGCCAACAUCCAGCUCCGCGGCCACACCCUCGAUCAGGCGGUGGACACGCUCGCGGCCCUGGAGGCGGUCGGCGUCACCGCGAAGCAGUCCGGCAUGGACAACAUCCGCAACAUUACUGGUAACCCCAUUGCGGGCAUCGACCCGUACGAGGUGGUGGACUCGCGGCCGUACUGCCAGGCGAUCCAGGACCUGAUCACGGACCACGGGCGCGGGAACCCGGAGUACGCGAACCUUCCGCGGAAGUUCAACAUCGCGGUGAACACCACGCGCGACGACUUUGUUCACACCCACAUCACGGACCUGUCGUUCGACGCGGUGCGGAACCCCGCGACGGGCGCGCUCGGGUUCAACGUGCUCGUCGGCGGCAUGCUGUCGACCAAGCGCUGCGACGUGGCCUUCCCUCUGGACGCGUGGAUCCCAGAAGAGGAUCUUCUAUCUUUCACGCACGCCUUCAUGGUCUGGUUCCGCGAGAACGGCGAGCGGCAGAACCGCCAGGCCGCGCGCGUCAUGUACCUGCUCGACAAGUGGGGCGUCGAGCGCACGCGCGACGAGAUGGCGCGCCUGAUGGGCCAGGACAGCCUGGCGCGCGCCGUCAAGGAGGGCCACGACGAGCCGUGGCAGCGCCGCGACCUGAUCGGCGUGCACCCGCAGAAGCAGGAGGGCUACUCGUACGUCGGCGUCUGCAUCCCCGUCGGCCGCCUCCUCCCCGAGGACUUCAAGGACAUGGCGCGCAUCGCGGAGGAGUACGGCGACGGGACGGUGCGCCUGACGGUGGACGAGAACGCGGUGUUCCCGAACGUCCCGAACGGCAAGGUGGACGCCAUGCUGCAGGAGGGGUUCUUCCAGCGGUUCUCGGUGUCCCCCGGGCCCCUGACGUCGGGACUGGUGUCGUGCACGGGCGCGCAGUUCUGCGGGUUCGCGCUCGCGGAGACGAAGCUCCCCGCGAUGCAGAUGCUCGCGGAGCUCGAGCAGGAGCUCGACAUCCCCCGGCAGGUGCGCAUCCACUUCACGGGGUGCCCCAACUCGUGCGGGCAGGCCCAGGCGGGCGACAUCGGGCUGAUCGGCGCGCCCGCGAAGAAGGACGGCAAGGCCACGUCGGGCUUCAACAUCAUCUUCGGCGGCACCGUCGGCGAGGGCGCCAAGCUCGCCACCACCCAGUUCGAGAAGUCCGUCCCGCUGGACGACGUCAAGGACAAGCUGCGCGAGCUGCUGGUGUCGAACUUCGGCGCGACGCCCAAGGCUGCGUGA